CGGCUGCGCGCCCCGCGGCCUGGCUGCUCGGCGCGGGGCGGGCUUGAGGGUGACAACUCGGCGUUUAAAGGGCCCGGGUCAGCUGAUCGGCUCCAGCCCAUGUCUAGUUUCGCGGAGAGGGUCGCGGCCGCCUGAGGAAGCGAUGACCGGCGAGCGGCUGGGCUCAGCGCUCCUGGCCGGACCCUGGGCACCGCGGACGCUGGGUUUGCGGAGAGGCGGUAGGGCGCAGGUGUUUGCGGCUCUCUUCCAGCUGCUGUUGACUCUGGCCGGGCUCGAAGCUGGGGCUAAGAAUGACUUCAGCCUGGUGCAGCCGCUGGUGACCAUGGAGCAGCUGCUGUGGGUGAGCGGGAAACAGAUCGGCGAAGUGGACACUUUCCGCAUCCCGCUCAUCACGGCCACCCCUCAAGGCACUCUCCUAGCCUUCGCUGAGGCCAGAAAAAUGUCGGCAUCCGACGCGGGGGCCAAGUUCAUCGCGCUGCGGAGGUCCACCGACCAGGGCAGCACAUGGUCCUCUACUGCAUUUAUUGUAGAUGACGGGGAAACCCCCGACGGGCUCAACCUGGGGGCCGUGGUGAGCGACGUGGAGACGGGAGUGGUGUUCCUUUUCUACAGCCUCUGCGCUCACAGGGCCGGCUGCCAGGUGGCCUCCACCAUGCUGAUAUGGAGCAAGGAUGACGGCAUUUCCUGGAGCUUGCCCCGGAACCUCUCGCUGGAUAUUGGCACUGAGAUGUUUGCCCCUGGCCCAGGCUCUGGCAUCCAGAAACAGCGCGAGCCACACAAGGGCCGGCUCAUCGUGUGUGGCCACGGGACGCUGGAGCGAGAUGGCGUCUUCUGUCUCCUGAGCGAUGACCACGGCGCCUCCUGGCGCUACGGCGGGAGGAUCACUGGCAUCCCCUACGGCCAGCCCAAGCGGGAGAACGAUUUCAACCCCGAUGAGUGCCAGCCCUAUGAGCUCCUGGAUGGGUCCGUGGUCAUCAACGCGCGGAACCAGAACAACUACCACUGCCGCUGCCGCAUCGUCCUGCACAGCUAUGACGGCUGUGAUACGCUGAGGCCCCGGGACGUGACCUUUGACCCUGAGCUCGUGGACCCCGUGGUCGCGGCAGGAGCCCUUGCCACCAGCUCCGGCAUUGUCUUCUUUUCCAACCCAGCCCAUCCCGAGUUCCGAGUGAACCUGACCCUCCGCUGGAGCUUCAGCAAUGGCACCUCAUGGCAAAAAGAGACAGUGCAGCUGUGGCCAGGGCCCAGUGGCUACUCAUCGCUGACAGCCCUGGAGGACAGCGUGGAUGGCGAGAAGCAGGCGUCCCAGCUCUACGUCCUGUAUGAGAAAGGCCAGAACCACUACACAGAGAGCAUCUCUCUGGUCAAAGUCAGCAUUUACGGGGUGCUCUGAGCUGCGGCCCCGCCCCAGAGGAGAAGGCCUGGACUCCGCCUUCAGGCGCACGGUUCUUAGAAGGCCAGCUGGAGGUGCCCAGUGACGGUCCCACGUUCCUGUGGGCCCUAACCUUUUGCAAAACCAACUUCUUUUUGGUAGGACAAUCCCUCUGUUAGCACUGAAGCCACUUCCUGUCCCACACAGGAAGUCCUGCUCUCACCCGGAAGUGCUUCCUCUGCUCGUUGCCGGGUGUGACCCUGGCCCCUCUCGGCCCUUCCAGGACAGUGAUUUUUGUCCUUUUUUGGGCUGAGCCAGGUGGGCCUGUGGAAUCGAAUAAAUGUGAACUCAGGGACCUGAGGAAGGCGGAGCCUCCUCUCUGGGGUUGGGGUGAGAAUCUGGCUUUGGAGAGGGUUGGUGGAGGUUGCCAGGGGGCAGGAUGUUUGGUUUCAGGGUAAGGAACUAGGUGCACCCUCCUGCCCAUCACUAUUUAUGAAUCAAACUGUAGGAACUCAGCGUUUUAAUGAAGAUGAACGUGUUAGA